AUGGCUCAGAAAUCGUGCAGUCGCUGCAAGGGCCGUCAACUCUGGCCCCAAUCCCUUGAUUCCCUCUAUCAAACCGCGCAAAAUGCCUGUACUGGCAUUCAGGCGUCACUCGAUUCUGUGCGUUCCCCGUGCGACGCCGUAAACAUCGAGCAGAGUGAGGAAAUGUGUGAGGUUUUGGACAGCAUAAGUUAUCUCGACGGCAAUAUAAAAAUUUCCACCUUGUCAGAUUUGCAAUGCGAAAGUCUAGCUGAGGACCUCGGGUUCGACCGUAGUGACAGCACCAAGGUUGACAUCAUCAAGAGCCUUCGUGACCUUGACCGCCUUCGGAGCAAUGUGGCUGCCUUUUUUGAGAUCCUUGAGAAGCGCCUCUCUUCGGCCCUGGACCAUGGCAUCUACAUUUUCUGUGCCAGCCUUAUUGAGGUCGCACGAGAGCAUGUGGAUGAAGUCGUUGAAUAUGAAAACUUCAUUGUGAAGCAAAGAGUUGAUCUUGUUCAAGCAGUUGCGCAAAUUAAACAACAGCGGAAGGAGUGGGAUGGUUUCACACAAGAUAUGCACGCAAUGAUACAGAACGCUGCGUCUUUAGGACUUUGUUUGGAAGAUGUUCAAUCGCAGUGGCAGCGGAUAAAGGAGAAGACACUGGAAUGGAUCCAGAGAGACCGUGACUACCCAGCUCAUUUGAACAGUCGGAUUAAUCAGAACCGAGACGCUAUUCCUCAGCUUCAACGAGAUAUUCAGCUCAUUGGGGAGGCAGAGCAGAGGAAAAUAGAAGAUCGUCGUCGCUUUUGCGUCCAGAUGGAAGCCCUUCAGAAGCGCCGUCGGGAGCUUUGCAAGUCUCUUGCUCACGUGAGGCGCGCAAAACGAUUUAGCACGAGCAAACUUGCAGCCUUCAAUAGCGAUUCGUCGCAAAAGGAAGGACCUGAAUGUUGUGAGGGUGAGUCCACGGUCAGGAAGACUGACGGUGGUCAAAACUCAACUAACAAAUCUUCUGGCACCACUAACUGUGAAAAUACGCAGUCCAAUUCGAAGUCUCAAGAUGGCCAAAAGGAGUACCAUCGUCGAAUGGAGGCAAAAUUAGACAAGCAGCAAAACGAAAUAAGAUCGGCUCUGAGGGACGUUGAGAAACGAAUAGCUAAUUUGCAAGAGGCCAUCGACCACGCCGACGGUCAGGUAGACUCUGCGGGAAAGCAGGUCGCGAUGAUCAAGGCCGAAAUUAGCAGGAUUGAAAGGAUUUCUGCCGAUUGUAGAGAGAUACUCCAACAACGAGGAAAAAUUCAAACCUUUCUGCAACUUCAAAAAGGAAAAAUCAAUAAGAGCACAAGAGGUGGAACCCCAUUCGACGAGGCUUGUAAAUGUGUAGCGAGGAAGGUGCAGCGCGACUGGCCACGCCUCUACACUCACCUGCCCAUGCAUCCACCGAGGAGUCGUGAGCAGCGUCAGGCCGACAUCAGCGGUCUCCUCGGUUUCCAUCGCAUGAACGUGGUGCUUCCGCGCAACCGCUCUGCCGCCGAGGAGGCUGCAGCUGCGCUCGCCAAGUGGCGUCUGCUGUCACGCCGCGACGUGGACGUCGGUGGUCUGGCGACUGCGCUGGAGCGUGCGGGGUGGCCCGUCUGGGCGGACGAGGUGCGCACCAAGUGGUGGACUGAUUUGGACGCGGCCGUCGCGCCAGUGUCCGCCAGCAGCGACGAGGAAGCCGCAUCGGUGGCAGACGCUGGGGACUUUGAGGAUGAGCUGAAGGAAGACCACUUGAGCCAAGAGAGUGCAAAGUACAAGGAGGAGGAGGAGGAGGAGAAGAAGAAGGAGGAGGAGGAGGAGACUAGUCUGCCAGGACGUGGCAACGAAAGUGAAGGCUCCGAAGAGGUACGAAUUGAACCAGAUUAUGACGACGAAAAGCACACGUCCCGACGUCAAGGUCAGUCGAGCAGGAGCUCAUCAGAAGAGGAAGAACGGAGCAGUAGAUCUGCGAGGUUAGAUGACGAAACCAGUUCAGAGUACCGCAUAGAGUAUUCUUCUGACAAAACCAACGAAAUACAUAGGAGAACAGAAGAUGUCUUGCUGAAAUGCUUGCUUCUUACCCUAAUUGUGGCAGGCGCAAAAAAUUCACUGCCGCUUCAACAGAUCCAACCAGUGAGGAUUACUCCAGCAAAGUUACAAUGGAGCCACUAG